AUGUUUUCGUUGGGAAAAAAGAGAUUAUUGAACCAGGCCAAGGUUCAGUUGAGAUUCAAAAGUUCAACCAACACCAAUUUUUCAAAUCAAACUUUGAUAAAUUAUGCAAUACUUGGUUUUGGUUCACUAAGUGUUGGAUUUUUAAUUGGAAAAUCAUUGAACAAAUCAAAGUCAACUAAGAAAGCGACACCAAUUCCACCUACAACUUCUACCGCGUCAAAUGCAGACUUAAAUGACUCAACUGCCCCAGUAUCAACAUUACAACCUCCAAAGUAUGCGAAUGAAAAAGAAUUCGAAGAGGGUUUAGACAAAAUCAUUAAUAUUGUUGGAAAGGAUCAUAUAAGUUUUGAAAAAGAGGAAUUAGAUUCUCAUAAUGACUCAUUUUUUUCAACCCAUCAUCCUCCAAACCCUGAUAAACAAAGACCCAAUGUGGUUAUCUCACCAAAUUCAACAGAGCAGGUUUCUGAAAUUGUGAAAGUUGCUCAUCAUUACAGGAUACCAAUUGUUGCAAGUUCUGGUUUAACUUCAUUGGAAGGUCAAAAUAUUCAUACUAGAGGACCUUUCAGUAUUGCAUUGUCUUUUAGCGAAAUGAAUAAAAUUUUAGCUUUUCAUCCUGAAGAUUUAGACAUGGUAGUUCAACCAGGUGUUAGUUGGCUGGACAUUGCGGAUUACCUUGAUAAUAAAGGCAGCAAUCUUUUGUUCGGACCAGAUCCUGGUUUAGGAGCUUGUAUUGGUGGAAUGUCAGCCACGAGCUGUAGUGGUACAAAUGCAUUCAAAUAUGGUACAAUGAAAGAAAAUGUAGUUAACUUGACCGUGGUUUUGGCAGAUGGAACUGUAAUUAAAACAAGACAAAGACCAAGGAAAUCAGCAGCUGGAUAUGAUUUGACAAGAUUUUUUAUUGGAACUGAAGGUACUGCUGGUAUAAUUACUGAAGCCACCAUCAAAUUACAUGUUAAACCGAAAUUUGAACUCAUCACUACAGUUGCUUUUCCUUCUAUUAAAGAUGCAGCUGCUACAGCACUGACAAUUAUUGAAAAAGGAAUACAACCAAAUGCAAUGGAAAUGGUGAAUGAUACUAUGAUGUCAUUCGUGAACGAACAAUCUGAUGAUAAAAAGUUGGAAAAGCCAACAUUAUUCUUUAAAUUAGGGGGUCCUACGAUUAAAGCAAUCGAUGAACAAAAUAAGGUUAUCACUGAAAUUGCUAAUAAACAGAAUGCUAUCAAGGUUGAUAAGAGUUCUAAUGCUGAUCAAAAUGAAGAACUAUGGGCGGCAAGGAGAGCUGGAUUAUGGUCAACAUUUCAAUAUGGAGAGAAAUGUCUCAAAGAUCCAAAAGAUGUACAAGUCUGGACAACUGAUAUUGCAGUACCUAUAUCUAACGUUUCCAAAGUCAUAUCCGAAGUGAACGAUGAUUUGAAUGAAGCAGGAUUCAAAGAUAAAUUUUCUAUCCUUUCUCAUGUUGGCGAUGGUAACUGUCACUUUAUUAUAUUAUAUAACUCGCCUGAUUACGCCAAAGUUCAUAAAGCAGUUGAUCGAAUGGUUGAUAAAGCUUUAAAAUAUGACGGUACAUGUACUGGUGAACAUGGGGUUGGUUUAGGUAAAAGAAAAUAUCUUGAUGAAGAAUUGGGUGAGGCAGCAAUUGAUACAAUGAGAAAAUUGAAAUUAGCUUUAGAUCCAAGAAGAAUAUUGAAUCCUGAUAAAAUUUUCAAGAUUGAUCCAAAUGAUACUUUAGAUGAACAAUUAGAAGCUGGGCAUUCACGACUAUAUCGAUCACAGGAUGGUUUAAGUAUUUGUCAAUAUGGACAUGUUUUAGAUGGAGCGAUAGAAUUUGAUGAUGAACAAGAUACAUUUUCAGUACUGACAAGAAGAUUAAAUGCUGUUGCAGUUGAUGAAAGAGGAAAUUUUGAGAGCCAAUCGAGUCAAAGAACUGGCAAUAAGGUUAUGAAACAAAAGUUGACUGGAGAUGAAGCAAUGCCGAUUUAUUUUAAAUGUUUGCAAAUCUUGUUAAAAAAUCAAUUACAAUCAAUUAUAAAAUUGUAUUUUAGUGAUGGAGUUAAAAAUGAAUUAACAUUGAUUGUAAAGACUAAUUGGUGUAAGACUUUAAACUAUUACUAUGGUGAAUACAAACAAGAUCAAAUUACUUCAGAUAGAGAUAAACGAUCAGUAGAUGUUUUGGAUUUACUUUGUAUCAUCUAUAUAUCAAGUUUGCAAUUAAAAUCAUAUCCUUUUUAUUUGACUGAUUUAUUAGAAAUAAUACUAGAAGACAAAGUUCCGUUUUUUAAAACGUUACAUUUGCUUCCUGCUGAUGAAUUAAAUAAAUUGCAUGGUACCUAUUAUGAAAGACUUCAAGCUCACGAGAAACCAACAAAUGCAUUGAUUUAUCGACGAUUGUUUAAUCUUAAUCCUAUCUUACUUGAUAAAAAUCUACCAAUCUCAAUUACAUAUUACUAUUCUUACGUUUACAGAAUAUUGGCUGAUUUGAUAUUACCAAAUACACCUGACUUGUUUAUAAUGAUUUACGAGUUCUUGAAAAUUUUAAAUAAGGAUAAUUUUGAAAUUCCUCAUAAGAUUAAGACUCAAAAGCAAUUGAUUGACAUAUUCCCCGAGGUUUAUUUAAGUCUGGUGAUUGUGUUUACUAUAAAAUUAUACUUCGAGCAUCAACCUGUGGAGUAUCAUAACAGUUGGUUAAUGCAAGUGAGAAAUUUUGAUAGGGAGUACGAAUAUAACCACAACUUGAAUGAUGAAAUUCUUUUAAGUUGGUCUAAAGAUAAAACCCAAAAGUAUUGUGAUUGGAUCUAUAACCAUUUAAUGCCUCAUAAGUACAAAGAUGAUAGUAAAGACAGUGAAGAGCUAACGGUGAUGGAAAAGAGGUUAUUCCAAAUUUUUUCAAUGAAUGAGCAGAAAGAAAAGCUUGAUACUGAUGAAAUGAAUGAUAGUGAUAAUAACGACUUAAUGAAUGAAAGCGAUUUAAUGACAACCAAAUUUGAUAUCUUAAAACAAAUAACUGAUACAAAGAAUUACGAAAAGCAUGAUUCAACAAAGCAAGGUCUGAAAUUUGUAGGUAAUACUAAAGAUUUAGAUUUAUUUCUUUUCAAUAAAUUAUCCACCAAUUUGAAUUUGAAUGUUGAAUCUUUUCAAAAACAUUAUUUAACAAUUAGUAAAACAUUUAAUACGGUGCAUGUGGAUAGUGCUGUCGACUUAUAUACAUAG